CCAACGUCGAACGACAAUUUUGCGCCGAAAAAGACUUGGAGCUGAUGCGAUCAACAACAAACGCUCAGUGUUGCUCGUGUCGCCAAAGCGCCUUGUCACGCUACGUCGUCCGCUGUCUUUUAAGCGUCGCUAACGAUUAUUUCUGCAUUACAUAUUUGUUAUUGAAGGCCUCAAUCAAUUGUGGAAAUAAGUGAAUGUAAGCGAUUUGUGAAAAAAACAUAAACAUUGAAUAAACAGAAAUAAAUAUUAACUGAAUUAAGUGAUAUAUUAAGAGCUUAGAAGCUACUGCACAUACUAGGUGUUGGAAUAACUGAGUGUUUUGAGAAGAGAACGGGAACAUUUAUUUCAAAAUGUUCACACAAUCCACAUACGCCCUGGUCACGUGCCUCAUUUCAAUUUGUGCGGCGAUACGUGUCGAUUUCAAUACGAACAAGGGUCCAAUUGUGCCACCAACACCACGUACAACGGUACGCCCCUUGCCGCCAUACCGUGAGCCAGCGCCCGUUUGGGAGGAUCAAAGCAAUGAUAUACCGAAUCCGAAUCCAUACACCUACAUUUUACCGCCUCCAUCGCGACCACGUACAACUGGCAAUAAUGUUGGCAACACCGGUCAAAGGCCACUGCAUUACUAUGGCAACCUUUUGUUACCCUCCAACGAGAAUGCCUUCGCGCAGCAGGGCAGUACGAAUGUAGGCGGCGGUAGUUUGGCAGCGAAAUAUAUACCGAAUGUCGGAAUACGGUAUACAGCAGUGGUGGCGCCUACCUACAACAGCAACAAUUACAACAACAAUAACAAUAAUCAAGCGAAUCGCAAUAACGGUGGCAGCAAUUACUUUGACGUGAACAAUAAAUUGCAUGGCAAAUAUUAUAAUGCGAAAACGAAAAAGUACAAGGCAUACGAGAAGGUCAAAUACGUGCCACAAAACUAUUAUCCACUCUCUACAUUGGCACUGCCCAUCGAAAAACCAUACACAAAUGCAUUCAAUCAAGAACAGUUGAUACGCACACAACAGUUGCCACAAGUUGUUGCACCCAAAGCCUUUCGACCAAAUGAAAAGCCAACAAGCGAAGUGGAAACCGCAGCAUCCGCAUGGACAAACACCGUUAGUGCAGCAGCAGCACCUUCAGUUGCCACACAAGCCAAGUGGGCGCACGCGAAAGAUCAGCCGCUGUUGAAAAGUAAGACCCUCCCUGAGAAGCUAGCAAUCGCAUCAACAGCUACUACAACAACAACUGCCAAAACAACGGGAGGUCAACAGGUGAACGCUAUCACCAGUGCGAAGAGCAGGUGAAUGUGCAGCAAAUACCGUUACAGCUAUCUGAGUUGCUAUCUGGCUGGUCUGAGAGCUCAGGCAGCACAAAUAUAAAUUAAUUUUGAAGAGAAAAUAAUUUUCAAACGCAUUUAAAACAACAAAUCAAGAAAAAAAGUGAAAAAAAUGUACCUCAAAUAAACAAAUGAUCAACUUUUUGGACAUUUACUGUUAUAAAACCGUAUUGCUACAUUUUUUUGUUUGUAUCUUGUAAAUUUUACUAACCAACCGAUUCAGUCAAGUUUGGCUAAUUAUUACAUAAUAAGCAAUGUCCCUUUAGGACUCACCGAUUUUUUUUGUUUUUUAAGUUUUGCCUUGCCAUAGAAAAGCAACAACGAAAAUUCAUAAUUAUUUUAUUAUUUUUUAAACAAAAGCUGUAUUGUUGGCAGCGUGCUAUGUACAGCUAUAUAAUAAAUAUUUUGUUAUAUAUU